AUGGCGGUGUGCGCGCGGCUCUGCGGCGUGGGCCCGGCGCGGGGGUGCCGGCGGCGCCAGCAGCGCGGGGACCCGGCCGAGGCGGCGGCGGCCGACAGCGGGGCGGACACCGACCCCGAGGAGGAGCGCAUCGAGGCGGCGCGCGCGGGGGCCGGCGCGGGGGCCGGGGCGGCCGCGGGCCCCGCGCCGCCCCCGCGCCGCUCGCUGCUGGAGCUGCCGCCCGAGCUGCUCGUGGAGAUCUUCGCGGCGCUGCCCGGCACCGACCUGCCCAGCCUGGCGCGCGUGUGCUCGCGCUUCCGCCGCAUCCUGCACACCGACACCAUCUGGCGGCGGCGCUGCCGCGAGGAGUACGGUGUCUGCGAGAACCUGCGGAAGCUGGAGAUCGCCGGCGUGUCCUGCCGAGACGUCUAUGCCAAGCUGCUGCACCGCUACAGACACAUCCUGGGGCUGUGGCAGCCGGACAUCGGGCCGUAUGGAGGGCUGCUGAACGUGGUGGUGGAUGGCUUGUUCAUUAUCGGCUGGAUGUACCUGCCGCCCCACGACCCUCACGUGGACGACCCCAUGCGCUUCAAGCCUCUGUUUAGGAUCCACCUGAUGGAGAGGAAGUCCGCCACGGUGGAGUGCAUGUACGGCCACCGCGGGCCGCACAACGGCCACAUCCAGAUCGUGAAGAAGGACGAGUUCUCCACCAAGUGCAACCAGACGGACCACCACAGGAUGCCUGGCGGGAGGCAGGAGGAGUUCCGGACAUGGCUGCGGGAAGAGUGGGGGCGCACGCUGGAGGACAUCUUCCACGAGCACAUGCAGGAGCUGAUCCUGAUGAAGUUCAUCUACACCAGUCAGUACGACAACUGCCUGACCUACCGCCGCAUCUACCUUCCGCCCAGCCACCCUGACGACCUCAUCAGGCCCGGCCUCUUCAAAGGCACCUACGGCAGCCACGGCCUGGAGAUCGUCAUGCUCAGCUUCCACGGGCGGCGGGCCCGGGGCACCAAGAUCACGGGUGACCCCAACAUCCCCGCCGGGCAGCAGACCGUGGAGAUCGACCUGGCCCGCCGCAUCCAGCUGCCGGACGUGGAGAACCUGCGCAGCUUCAACGAGCUGUCCCGCAUCGUGCUGGAGGCGCGGGAGCAGGCGCGGCAGGAGCAGCAGCAGGAGGAGGCCGGGCCCCAGGAUGGCGAGGGCCGGGGCACUGCCCAGCCCGGCGCGGAGCUGCUCGCCAAGAAGGACGAAGCGGCUGCGGCCGAACAGCCGGCCCAGUCUGGGCAGGGGCUGCCUUUCGUGCUGCCUGGGGGCGUGAGCUCGAGGAAUGAGGACUACCCCCGCACCUACAGGGCCUGUUUCUAUGGCACAGGCCUCAUCGCCGGGCACGGCUUCACCAGCCCUGAGCGCACGCCCGGGGUCUUCAUCCUGUUCGAUGAGGACCGCUUUGGCUUCAUCUGGCUGGAGCUCAAGUCCUUCAGCCUGUACAGCAGGGUCCAGGCCAGCUUCCGGAACGCGGCCGCGCCGUCCCCGCAGGCCUUCGAGGAGAUGCUCAAGAACAUUCAGUCCCUCACCUCCUGAUGGCCCGGGCCUGCGGGCCAGAGCAGCAUGCACUUUGGAGACUGACCAGACCCCCCUGUGGGCAGCUGCGGCCCCGCCGCGGCGCGGUGGAGACGGACAGCGUGUCUCUCACACGGGACCAGGCCAGGCCCGUCGGGACCGGCCGUGGCUGUGUCCGUGAUCGAGUAGCAGAUGCUGGGUCUGUCCUUGACUGGUGGCGUUUGUCCGGCAAACAAAACCCUCUUUUAGGGAAGUUCAUGUUGUGCUAGAGUCUUGCUGUGGCCUGAGGAGAAAGGGGUGUGCGCGCGGUGUGCGUGUGGCUGUGUGCCUGUGUACACACGUCUGUGUGUGUGGCUGCGUGCUCAUGUGCGUGCGUGUGUCCGCAUGUGCCGGCUGCACGGUCCACUUUCCGGGGUCCAGGGUCAGUGACCGGCGGGUGGAGAGGGAGCUCCCAGGAGCCGGGGGUGCUGGACUUGGGUCCCCGCCUGAACCCUGCUCCCUACCCGCCCACUUGGAAUCUGGAGCAAGUGCUGCACCCGGCCUGAGAUCGCCGCCGAGGCGGGGGACACAGGUCGGUGCAGGCCUGGAGCGGGGACGCCGCAGCAUUAGAGCCAGACCUUGCACGGCCGUCCCGCCCCUACCCUGCCCUCGGCCGGCCAGAGCCGCGUGGUCCGUC